AGAAAGAGCUCUGGUGCCACAAUGAACUACAAUUCCCAUGCAUCUGGGGAAGUAGGCUUAAGUCUAGGAAAGCUAGACUUAAGAGGGAGUCAGGGGCUGAGAGACUGGUCCUUUCCCUCCUCUUCCUCCUCUCUAUGGUUGGCCGCCAUUUUAGGUCCGGGCGGAAGUGGAGCCUCCUCAGGGCUCUGGCUCCGCCCCUUUCCUGCUCCUUGGCGCCGGACUCGCCUGGCGGAAGUGGGGGGCGCUUCCGGUGGUCCCAGGAGGAGGAGGAGGAGGAGGCAACCCACAAAAAGAGGAAGAGGAACUGUGCGUUCAGACGUGAGAGAAUGGCAAAGGAGGCCCUUCGGAAUGAGCUCCGGGGGAAGAUGGAGGAAGAACAGCCCCUGCAGAAUGAUACCGGCAAAGGCAUGGCAGCCCAGCAGAAACUGGAGGCCCAGGCGACAGAUAAUGGCCUCAGGAAGGAAGUGAGUCCCCUCGUCUUCUCCUCUAAUCCCCUUUCCUUCCUCACCACUUCCUCAGCUCCUGAUUGUUUAUCCAUUUAUUCAUUGAAAUGUUUCCAUCCCAUCCUGCUGGGAAACGUCUGUAUUCAGUCCAAGGCUGCAGAAGCACCAUUGCGCAUGUGGUGUCACGCAUUAUGCAUGGAUGGGCAUGUGCAAUGUAUUUUGCAUUCAGUCCCUAUUUGGAGUCUUGGUUCCUCUCUACUCUGUUGCUGUUUUUCACUAGGGUUGUGUAAAUCAUCCUGUGGAUUUACGCUAUAUACCUCACCAAGAUCUGACCCAGAAUUUCCAUGUUCUCCUUCCUUCCCUCGCUCCAACCUUUCCAGUCCAUUGGGUGAGGAGGGUGAAUCUUUUGGCCGGCCGGGAAUCAUCUUUGGAGGCAAUGAUUUAGGAUCUGCUACCUGCUGUCCUUUCCCAUCAGAGAAGGGGCCAGGCAUCCUGACUAUGGGUGGCUCCACCCACUUCAGUUCCUGA